AUGUCUGCUGCGUCAUCGCUUCGCGACGCGGCGCCUCGUGAUGGCCACGCAACGCUACUGCCACCACCGCCAGUGCCACUGCCUUCGACGUCUCGAACCGCUAAAGCGCGUCCUGCUUCGGGUCGAAAGCGACGAAACGAGAGCUCUUCGGCCGAAAGUGCUCAUGGCAAAUCCACAAAUCGGAAGCGGUACUUGCGAUUCCUCAAGUCGCACGAGCUCAAAUUCGGCUUAGCACCAGUUGCUCGGGACGUGACGACGGGGGAAGUCACGAUCGUCGUGUGUCGCUUUUGCCAGUACUACGGGCGCGAGCAGCGACCGGACAAACAGCGCCGGUCAACGAAGAACGUCAAGUACUUUCGCAACAGCUUUCGGACAGACCAGUACCAGCAGCACCACGAGAUCUCGCAUGGCGAGAGGUGGCGACAGUAUCAAUUGUGCUCGGACGACGUCAAGAGCGUGUUUUUCCAGGUGCCUGAAGCAGCAGCAGCAGCAGCAGCGUCGGCGGGCCGACAGACUCGGCCGGUGCACCUCUCGUCGGCGCAACUCGACGUGGAGUUGGCGCCAGGCGAGAUCUGGGCGCUCGACCCGACGAACGAGGAGAAGAAGCGGUGUUUUGACGUUGCAGCAGCGAUCGUUGAAGUCGUUGCAGUGCUGGCAAUCGGUGCGAGUGAAAUGACCGUCGAGAGUGCGAUGAGGAAGCAAAGCCAUCGCGUGAUUGCGCACGCACAUGAAGCUCCGACAGGCGCCAGGGCGAACUGGUGUCCGCCCGACAACAUGUUCCAAUCGUGCAAGCUUGUGGGCUCCGCCACCGAGCCGAUGUACCGUGUCAUUGUGCACUCGCGGUCGCAAAUCGACUGCAUGGUGGAGCUCGCGGCCGCGGGGCUGUCGUUCCGUCAGAUCUCGAGCGCCAUGCAGUCGUUCUGUUCGCACGCUCCCGUGCUUCUUGCCGGUCUCACACCAACGAGCGGCGACGCGGCAAGCCACCACGUGGCAGAUGCAUGUUACCAGCGUGCUCGAAACGUGAGCUUGCACUAUAGCGAAGACCAGACGGCAGAGUUCAUCCGUCUGAUCCUUGCAGCCAACUUGACGGUCACUUCGCGGCUGCUGCGGCGCAGCUGGGCGUUCUCGCUGGAACUACGCGCAUCGAUGGAGCAUGCGCCGAUGCGGUCGUAUCUGGACUUCCGAGUAAAAGUGUACGGCCACGGCGCCAUGCACAACGUGCACCUUGUAUCGAUCCCAGCAUUCGAGAGCAAGUGCAAGGGGAUGAUGUACAACACGCUGGACAAGGUGCUGACCGCCGUGCUGCCCAGCUGGCGAUACCGUCUCAUCGGCUUGACCACGGACGGCGACGCGCGCAUGCCCGCUCGAGUGCUCGACAUUGUUGCCCGCUUGCAAGAAGAAGCUGCGAUUCCAGUGGUCUACCGCUCUUCAAGCGCGUGCCAUCAGCUCGACUGCAUCGUGACAAACUAUUACUCGUCUCUCCAAGGCGGCUGCUUCCUCCUGGUGCUCAAGGACCUCUCGAGCUACAUCCGUCGGCGACCAGAGCUCCUCGCAGUCAUGUCGCCGCCGCCGCCGCUUCCCGGCGUCACGACGGGCUCGAGCCGCCUGCACGAGCGGUGGGUCGCGCUCGGCCGCGAGACCAACUGGAUCGCCGCGCACCGCGACGUCGUGUUCCAGCACCUCGAGACCGACCAGCCUCCGAGCGCGCCGGACGCCGCGUGGUGGCUGUUCUUUGCAGUCGCCGACUGGGUCGCCACGCGCACGAACGAGACGUUCGCCAAGCUGCUGUCCAAGCACGCGGUCAUCGCCGACCACGUCGCGGCGCUCGCGUCGCUCUCGCGCGCCUGUGCCGCAGCAUUCUCCGCCUCGGGCCCCGACACAGCCUCGUCGUCGUCGUCGUCCUCGUCGUCGUCCUCAUCCUCGACGUCGACGUCGUCCCACGGCACACCCUUCAAGUCCCGCAGAGGCCGCGUCGCCCUGCACAAGUCGGGAGUGCUCGCGUUCCUCCGCGCCACGCAGCCGGCGCUCAAGUCGCUCCUCGCGGCCACUGACGCGCCAGUCAUUGACCUCACCGCCGAGAACGUCGCCCUGUGCAGCGUGAACCUCAUCGAGUCGCUGCUCGAGCUCAGCACCGAACUCAGCCACAACAACAACCACAACAACAACCACAACCACAACCACAACAACCACAACAGCCGCACGAGCGGACUGUCAACGCGCGCACUGACGGACUUUCUCCCGCCGACGCUGCCGCACGAGUGGGUCCACCUCAGCGAUCGCGCGUUCGCGUCGCUGCUGCACGUGUACGGUCCGCUGCUCGCGCGGUCGCUCUCGCCCGCCGACAUGGCGUCGCUGGGCCCCGAACUCGACGCGCUGCGACGCGCAGCAGCCACGGACUCCGUCUUGAGCACGGCGCUGGCCGCCUGCACGGCCGACACGCCGUUCCACGUGGCGUGGGCGCUCCUGCAGCGCCGCUACGCAGUGCUCGAGCGCGUCGCCGGCGGCUUUGCCAGCGUCUACGCCUGUGCCGCGUGGGGCCCCCGGACGAGCGACUUGGCGCUCUGCCGCAGCGAUACGGAUACGGCGCGCGUGCUGUUGGCCGACUUUGCGCUCGAGGGAACGCUCCAUGCGCAGCAGUUUCCCGCGCUGAGGGCGCUGCAGGACGCGCGCGGGCUGAAGUAG